UCUUAAAAAAAAAAAAAAAACUAAAACAAUGGCACAAGCCGGGUUCGCCUUCGAUAAGGACCAGUUCAACUGUCCGAUAUGUCUGGACGUGUUGAAGACUCCGGUAACUAUUCCGUGCGGUCACAGCUACUGUUUCGACUGCAUCCAGAACUACUGGGACCAGGACGACUACUUAGGAGUGUUCGGCUGCCCGCAGUGCAGACAGAGCUUCAGCCCCCGGCCUGCCCUCGCCAGGAACACCGUGCUAGCCGACGUGGUGGACAGAUUUAGGAGGAUCGGACUCCAGCAGGCUGACGCGACCCCGGACCAGAGUCUGGCCCGAGCCGGGGACGUGGAGUGCGAUGUGUGCAGCGGGAGGAAACACCGAGCGGUCAGGUCGUGUCUGGUGUGUUUGGCUUCUUACUGCGAGCUCCACCUUCAGCCGCACUACGAGUCCGGCGCCUUUAAAAGGCACAAACUGGUUCCAGCCUCCGGCAAAUUGCAGGACAGCGUUUGUCCGCGCCACGACAAGCUGCUGGACCUGUACUGCCGAACCGACGGCCAGUGCAUCUGCUGCGUGUGCGUGACGGAGGAGCACAAAGGCCACGACAGCGUGCAGGCCGACGCAGAAAUGCAACACAAACAGCAACAGCUUGAUGAGCUGAAGCAGAGCUCUCAGAUGAGGAUUCGGCAACGAGAGGAGAUGGUCCAGGAGCUGAGACAAGCAAUUAUGACUUUCACUCGUUCUGCCCACUCAGCAGCUGAGGAGAGCAACGGCAUCUUUACCGAGCUGAUCCGCUCGAUGGAGCUGAAGCGUUUCGAGGUGAGGGAGCUGAUCAAAGCCCAGGAAAAGACAGCUGUCAAUCAGGCUGAGGAGCUGCUGCAGAAAAUCCAGAAGGAGAUCGGUGAGCUAAAGAAGAACAUGGCAGAACUGGACAACCUGUCUCGUGAUGAGGACCAUGUACAUUUCCUUCAGAGUUUCCAUUCUGUCUGUGCUCCACCUGUGCUGUCGCUGUUGCCUUCAGUCAACGGUGACCCCAAACUCACCUUUGGCCUGGUGAUGUCAGCCGUGUCAGAAUUUAAAGGACUAUUGCAUGAAGUCUGCCAGGGAGGAUUUGUUAGCAUCUACGAGAAAGUGAAAGAUGUAGUGAUUGUGGGGUCGUCAAAUCCUGAUGUCCAGCUGAACUCAUCAGAGCGCAGUGAUGCUGAGUCACCUGUGCAGUUAGAAGCUACCACAGCGAGUGUUCGUCCUGGUUUAGAUCAGAGCCCUUUGAGCCCUCUCAACCCCUUCCUGGCUGCUCCAGGACCCAUCAUACCCACCUUUGGCACAUCGCCAUUUGGUGUCAAAUUAUCCUCGGGAACCAGGUUGAGACACGCUCACAGACGCGCUCACUCCAGAAGGAAAUAGACUUCAAAGUCAACAUCUCACAUACACAGACUGAAGAUUAUUAUACUUGAGUGCUCUUCUGUGUCAGACCUGUAUUAUUCUGGCAGAUAUAAGUUCUACAUAUUUUAUCUUUUGGUAUUCAUUUCAUAAUAUUUGACGUUCAUUUAAUAUUUAUUACCAAUCAUCUGCACUUCAGUGCAGGUGGGAAGAAGACAGUGUUACGGUACUACUGAAAUAACUCAGAGGUCAUCGUUGUCUAUAAAAUCAGUUCUUAAUCUACCUAGAAUUUCUGUAAAUAUCUUUUCUCUAUAUAUCAGUGUAACACAAGUUGCAGCUGGCUCAUAUGUUAAGAACAUAUGCCACCGUUUUUAAUUUUGCAACAAACUAUUGCUAAUCUCCUCAACUGUAGUGGGGAAUAAAAAAAGUGACAUUACAGCAAAAAAACAAAAAAAAAAAAACAGCCUAUCAAAAUGGUACAAAAACCUGAAGCCAAUGUUGACCUAAUUGGCACUACUUAAGGUAACUAAACAACACUUGAAAUCCAACCUCUGUAUACCAUGGCCUUCACAAGAAUAUAUGGUGACCAACCUAGGGUGGUAGCUAUAGAUAGGUAGGGGGUCAAUUAAAGAUUACACAGGGGUCAGUAUUAAAAAAUGUCUCACUUAUAUUGAAAAGUAUACCACAUUAUUUGUGUGAUCAUAAAGAUUCCAAAAAGGUAUAGUUUGGACUAUCUAUGACAGAAUGUUAUGGUGAAAAAUGGUGACAAAAGGUCAGUUCCAAUUUGUGCAGGAUUUAAAAUUUAAAGUUGCUCCAAUUUAGGUGAGAAUUAGUUGUUGAGUUCCUAGGAUUUAAAAAAGGAACUGGUUGUGGUUAGUUAUGUUGGGGGAUGACGUCAUAAAAUCCAGUGGCCAUUAACCUUAUUUGACCAUUACUUUGGAGACAAUGUAAUCAGCACAGUCAAAACUAUUUCUAUUAUUAAUCCUAUUAGCUCAACCAAUAAUUUGCAUUACUUUUAGCAUUUUUUUUUAAUCAACUUUCACAUUUGACCCCUGUACAAACUGAAAAUGUUGAUCUUUGUUUCCAUUUUUGUGGUUUUUAACCCCAUAACUCUACAACAUUCAGUAAGUAUACCUCCCAGAAUAAAACGCCAUGAGGUACUGCUCGGGAACCCCAGGGUGCCAAACCUGGAGAACCCCAGAUAUAAGUACCUGUAGAUAAUUAAAGACCUCAGAACCACACAACCUUGGUACCACGUCUUAAUCCACUACGAUCUCGGUACCACAUUAAAUAAUUUCAUAUGCGUUUUGGUCCGUUUUGUGGUACUGACUCUGUACCGGCGGUGACCUUUGGCCCCCCGUGGUGACUGCGCCAUGUGACGGAGCACCAUAAAGCUCCUUUAGGCUCAAAGAGCCACGACUCUGACGUUAAUUGAGCGUUUAUUUUUAGGAUCCCUUUCCUCGAUGUGGUGUAUUUCUCAAUUUUUAGAUGAUCCUCCACGAGUGGACGCAGACAUCUACAUAAGAAAUUAAUUUAUAAAAUGAAAAUACCCAUUUUUUUUUCCUUGAUAUUUUAGACAAACUUUUUAAGACAUUUAAAAAAAAAACAUUUCGGUACUAUUUACCCCUUUUUGGUGUGCUGCCGGUAAAAUUCAGUAUAUGAUUCUUUAAGAGAAUUACGUGAGGAACACAUUAAAAAAUUAUACAAUAGGACAAAUAUUACGGGAAAUAUGGAUGAAAAAGUAAAAUGACAUUUCGGGACUAUUUAUUCCUUAAAUUAGCUUGAUAGGACAAAUAUUAAGGGAGAGUAAGUGGGCGCCUUCCAUGGCAGCAGCCUGACAUCAGAGUGAAUGUGAGGCAUUGAUGUGUAAAGCGCUUUGAGCAUCUGAUGCAGAUGGAAAAGCGCCAUAUGAAUGCAGUCCAUUUACCAUUUAGUAAAUUAUAGGACAAAAAUGUAUGACAAAUGUAUGACAUUAAUAAAUGUGGUUCUGAGAUCUCUAUAAACUGUCCCGGUAUUACCUGCCCACAUAGGAAUAGCUCGCUUUCCACUUCUGUGAUAGAAUUCCAUGUGCAGACUCAAUUUCCAUGUGAGGCACAGCCGAUGAUUGUGGUUUGUGUGUACUAAGAGGGCAGAGUGGCUCUGUGGGUGUGGAAGUGUAAAACAAGUAAUUUCAAGCUUACAUUUUGAUUUUUGAUAGGUUAGCUUUUACAUGUACUGAAAGAAUUUUGGGGAAAAAGCAGCUAAAACUGAUUUUACCACAAUAUUCUCCUUUUAAAAUACCAUUUAAUGCAUUUUUUUUCUUAAACUGUAAUUUAUUUUAAUCACGAGUGACUUUAUUCCAGCACGUGUGUAAUAUAUUUUGCUGAAUGAGAUGCAUUAAAAGUGUAC